GGUAGAGGGUGGGGGCGGGGCCGGGGCCGGGGCCGUCGCCGCCUUCAACUGUUGCGGAAAGGACUGGGGAGAGUUGAAGGAGGAGGAGCAGGAGAAGGGAGAAGCCGGGGGAGAUUGUUCCAGGCUGGACGCGCGGCAUCCUUCUCCUCCUGGCACCGCCGGGGCUGCCUCCUGCCUCCGGGGCUGCGGAAUGCGCUCGCCCCCAGCUCCUCCGAGCCAGGGCAGUGAGAUCCAGGACCCUGCCUACGUGGAUAGCGAGAACGCCCUCAGAGAGUCCGAUCUCUUUCCUGAGGACGAGGCCAUGACGCUGGCCCAGCCCGAAGUCCUUCAUGAGUCUGACAUGGACAGCGCCAUUGACAGUGCCCCAAGUCUGGAAGUAUCUGACAUGAGUCCAGGAGAGGAGAAGGAUGGGGUCCUCGGAGGCCUCUUUCUUCCAGGUGACAAGUCAUUUAUCCCCAAUCCAUCCGCAACAUCCGAUCUCUCCACACACUCGACAGCCUCUCUCAUCAGUAAUGAAGAGCAAUUUGAAGACUACGGGGAAGGGGAGGACGUGGACUUUAACCCCAGCAGCCCCUGUCCUGAUGAUGAAGCCAGAACCAACGUCUACUCUGACCUGGGGUCCUCCGUGUCUUCCAGCGCAGGACAGACCCCUAGAAAAACGAGGCACGUCUACAACAAUGAACUGCUGGAUGUGUACUGCUCUCAGUGCUGUAAGAAGAUCAGUCUGCUGAAUGAUUUGGAAGCCAGGCUGAAGAAUCUGAAGGCCAACAGCCCCAACCGGAAGAUCUCUAGCACUGCAUUUGGACGGCAACUCAUGCAUAGCAGCAAUUUCAGCAGUAGUAACGGCAGCACCGAGGACCUGUUCCGGGACAGCAUUGACUCCUGUGACAACGACCUCACAGAGAAGGUGAGCUUCCUGGAAAAAAAGGUGACCGAGCUAGAGAAUGACAGCCUGACCAACGGAGACCUGAAGAGCAAAUUGAAACAAGAGAACACACAGCUGGUCCAUAGGGUACAUGAGCUGGAAGAGAUUAUGAAAGACCAGGAGACGACGGCGGAGCAGACCCUGGAGGAGGAGAUCAGACGGCAUCGGGAGUUGUUCAGCAAGCUGGAGAAGGAGAAGGGCACUGAGAUCGAGCUGCUAAACACAAGGGUACAACAGUUAGAAGAAGAGAACACAGAACUAAGAACCACGGUGACCCGUCUAAAGUCCCAGACAGAGAAAUUAGAUGAGGAGCGGCAACGGAUGUCUGACCGGCUAGAAGACACCAGCCUCCGGCUCAAGGACGAGAUGGACUUGUACAAGCGGAUGAUGGACAAGCUGCGGCAGAACCGGAUAGAGUACCACAAGGAGCGAGAGGCCACUCAGGAGCUCAUUGAGGACCUGAGGAAGGAGCUGGAGCACCUCCAGCUUUACAAACUGGACUGUGAGCGGCCUGGUCGGGGACGAAGCUCCUCUUCUAGCAUGAGUGAAUUCAAUGCCCGGGCUCGGGAAAUCGAACUGGAACAUGAGAUCAAGCGGCUCAAGCAGGAAAACCAGAAGCUCCGAGACCAGAAUGAUGACCUGAAUGGGCAGAUUUUAAGUCUCAGUCUUUAUGAAGCAAAGAAUCUCUUUGCCACUCAAACCAAGGCCCAGUCUUUGGCAGCAGAGAUCGACUCAGCCUCCCGGGAUGAGCUUAUGGAAGCCCUCAAAGAACAAGAGGAGAUCAACUACCGCCUGAGACAGUAUAUGGACAAGAUCAUUCUCGCCAUCCUGGACCACAACCCGUCAAUCCUGGAGAUCAAAAACUGAAAGAAGAUGUAGGGGUCGAGGUGGGAGUGGGACCAAUGAAGAGCUUGGGAGAGCAGCAGCCACCCGACACCUUCUGCACAUGUCACUGGAUUUAAGAGUCACUAAUACUGUAAAUGUCUAUACAUACAGCCAUGUGUGUGUGUGUGUGUGUACGUGUGUGUAUAAUUGGGUAUGAAAGAAAAUGUGUGUGCGAAUGUUGAUAUUAAGGAUGGUGUGGGGUUGAUCCUUUAGUCACAAAGGUCUACUUUGGUUAGCUUUUCAUGCACUUUGUUGUACCUUUGCGGGAAAGAGGGUUGGCAGAGGGGAUAGGAGGACAUUGUUAUUGUAAUAACAAUAUAACUGGAAGUUUGUGUCUUA